CCGCUCGCCGAGCGCCUCGGCGCCCUCCGCCUCGAGCUGGCCCACCUGCGAGCCGUGGACGUGAAAAUCCUGCAGCAGCUGGCGGUGGUGAACGAGGGCAUCGAGGCGGUGAAAUGGCUGCUGGAGGAGAAGAGCACCCUGACGAGCCGCUGCAGCAGCCUCACGAGCAGCCAGUACAGCCUGGUGGGGAGCCAGGAGGCGUCGCGGCGCGGCAGCUGGGACAGCCUGCAGGACCCCAACGACAGGCUGGACAGCAUCUCCCUCGGCAGCUACCUGGACACGCUGGCCGAUGACAUGGAUGAGUAUUCCCAGAAUGCUGCCGAGCCUGCAGCUGCGCCAGGCAGAGCCCUGGCCAGGGCAGAGCACGACUGGGCCAGGAUUGACCACGACAGGGGCGUCUCGGCCAAGCAGGAGAGGGGCAGAGCGGAGCACGAGUGGCCCCGUGCGGACCGCGCGCCCGCCGGGCCGCCGCAGGACUGGGGCUGCCCGGACCAGCAGAGGUUGCCCAAGGAGCCCCAAGUGGCCAAUGGCUAUUUGGGCAAGCAGUCCUCCUCUCUGGAGCCGGGCAAAGACACCAAGCUGCGCUCAGGGGCUGGGGAGAGGAUGGGGAAGGGGAACUCCAGCGGGAAGGCUUGGAACGCCGACUCUGACUUUGAGAACUGCAAACUCAACAGCAAAGUGCACCUGGAAUAUGAUGCCCACUGGCGCUGGCUCCAGUCUCAGGAUGACGUGACGUUCUUGUAGCCCAUGGCUGCACCUUCCUAGUCCAGCUCUGCCAACCAUCUGCUCUGCUUCGUGUGUCUCCGCUUGGGAGGGCGGCCUGGCCGGGCAGGGGGAGAGGGCCCUUGGCUGCGUCGUGCUGUCCCGCUGACGCCCAGUCCCCCCAGCAGGGUUUGGUGACACACACUAGGGCCUGGGACGGGGUGCCCACCCCAUGGCAAACCUGGGAGAGGCACAGCAAGGUGGGUCCCCGUAAGGUUAAUCCUUUGCUACAGGGUGAUGCUUGCAGGUGGCUUUUCCCAUGAAGGGACCUGGUGGCUCAUUGUCCUUGAUAGGGGACACUUUGAGCUGGCAGUGAAGGGUUGGUGGGGGAUGCUUGGGACAGCAGGACUCAUGGGAUCUCUCCCUGGUUCUGCAUCAGCCCUUUAUUCCUCAGCUUCUCAUCUGCAAAAACAGGGGACUCUUCCCUAAAUCCACAACCCAGACAGGCUGGAGAUGCUCCCACCCAUCACAGCUUGGUGGCACCAGCAUGCUUGGUGUGAGCUGUGGGCUAGGAUUGUGAGCAGAGCUCUGAAAUCUGCGUGUCUGUGGCCUUCCCUUUAAGGCCAGUGUCUGCCUAGGGAGAUUACACAUGAGAAGAGCAGAGCACUUUAUGGGAGAUGGAGAUCCAGUUUUCUUCUUCUGCUUCUGGACUGUCUCCCACCUUGUGACUGAAUCACAAGGAGACCCCUGUUGAGCAGUGCUGCUCUUGGUGGAGUGGAAGUGCACAAACAGCCUGGCUGUCCGUGGUGUUCAAACUACUGCGAGAAGUCUCAUGCUCUCCCUCAUGCAGCACGAUGAAGGCCAAGAUUCUCCAUCUGAAUGGUGACGGAAUGAAUGUUGACAGGUCUCUGCAGCCAGCCGGCAACCAGGAACAUGAGGUUCUCCUGCUGGGGUGGAUUUGUACUGUCCCUGCUCUAGAGGCGUCGCUGUCCUUGUAGCCUUGGCUUCUCCCUGUGCCUUUGACCACGCGCACACCACGCUUCCCAGCACCCCCUCGCUGGCUUGUAGCGCAUGGCUUAAGGCUGGAGCUGUGUGUGAGCCUGGCAGAAACCGCUCCCUGUAAACGAGGAAGCCGGGAAGGACUUUGGCAUCCUGCGGCUCCCGCUUCGAGGAGAGGGGCUCUUCCGUCUGCACUACGG